AUGAGUCAUAAUCAGUGGUUAAAUGAGUUCAACAUUAUCUUUAUUUCAGGUUUCCCUUCGGUUGGUAAAUCGACGCUUUUGUGUAACCUUGCUGGUGUUUAUUCAGAGGUAGCAGCAUACGAAUUUACUACUCUCACCACAGUACCGGGUGUUAUUCGUUAUAAAGGUGCCAAAAUACAGCUUCUAGAUUUGCCUGGAAUCAUCGAGGGCGCAAAAGAUGGAAAAGGGCGUGGUCGACAAGUGAUUGCUGUGGCACGAACAUGUUCGUUAAUAUUGAUGGUACUGGACGUGAUGAAACCUCUGCAACACAAAAAAUUGCUUGAACAGGAAUUAGAAGGCUUCGGCAUACGGCUGAAUAAAUCACCACCAAAUAUUGUUUUCAAACGUAAAGAGAAAGGUGGACUAAACUUAACCUGUUUAGUUCCACAGUCAGAACUUGAUGCCGAGAUAGUAAAAAGUAUUUUGGCAGAAUAUCGUAUACACAAUGCCGAUGUGUCUUUAAAGUAUGAUGCCACAUCGGAGGAUUUAAUUGAUGUUAUCGAAGGGAACAGGAUUUAUAUUCCAUGCAUAUAUGUUUUAAACAAAAUCGAUCAAAUUUCAGUAGAGGAAUUAGAUAUAAUAUACAAAAUCCCUCAUUGUGUGCCUAUUUCUGCCCAACACAAAUGGAAUUUCGAUGAUUUGUUGGAAAAAAUUUGGGACUACUUGAAUCUCAUUAGGGUAUAUACCAAACCGAAAGGACAGUUGCCCGAUUACAAUGCACCUAUUGUACUAUCAGCAGAAACACGAACUAUUGAUGAUUUGUGUUCCAAAAUUCAUAAAACUCUUCAGAAAGACUUCAAAUUCGCAUACGUUUGGGGAAGUUCAGCAAAACAUAAUCCGCAAAGAGUCGGGAAAGAACACGUGUUGAGUGAUGAAGAUGUCGUGCAAAUCGUCAAAAAGUUUUUUUUUUCUCUUUUUAUUUAUUUUCCUUAA